UCUCUCUAUCCUCUGAGUGUUCUCGUAUCACCAACAUCCCUUCCCUUCUCAUAAUUGAACUUAUCCAUCAGACACGGACAAGCAGUCAGCAAGCACCCAGAAUUAUCAUCAUUACCAUUAAUCUUCUUCUUCUUCUUCUUCUUCCCAAUGACUCGACUUUGGAAUUUUACACCUCUUCAACUCCAUAUCUGAGUUUCCCUUGGACUCUCUGCCUCCUUAUGUCCGGUCUAUAAGUAUCUCGAGUUCACAUUAGAAAGACCCAGAACCGAAAUUACAAGGCAUUUCAUAAAUGGACCCUGAAGACAGGAUAGCUCCUGAAGAGGGGAAAGGCGUUAAAGAGAAAACUUCUGCGGAAGCAAUCAUACCGGUUUCAAAGCCUGAGGAAGCGACCCCUGAGAUUGACUUCUCUAAACAGGAUACAUCUAGUGCAGGUGUUGGAGCACCCAAACACAAGAAGCUCUUCAAGGACAAAUUGAAUGUGAAAGGGACCGCUCCGUCAGCUCAAAACCGGAAGCCAGUUCUGUCCCAGAGUUUGUCAUUCCCAUCAAAGGGAAUCUGUGCUAAUGGCAUGAGGAAGAGCAUUGAUGUGGUGCCAAUAAAAGCCGAGGCCAAGCAUUCACGAGCAAACAUGUCUGGCCUUUCUAAUGGAUCUGUCAGGUCAGUAGGCAUCACGGGUCAACGCGACCGGCUUGUGGCCAAUGGAGUGGGCACGAAAGCGUCUGACUUGGGCAAUCGACGCUCAUUGGCUCAGAAACCUGGCUCUGCAGAUGGAGCAGCCAAUGCUCCUCCAACCGAGGUUUCCCUUUGCAGCUCGCUCAAUCAAGACCCAAAAAUCAACAGAUCAACAAACCAGGAUAAUGAAAUUGAUGAUACCCACUCCACUACCUCAACUGCUACCCCUAGUGGUCGCAAGAGUGGCGUUUCCGGAUUUGCCUCCAGGUUGACGGAGCGUGCUGAGAAAAGGAAGGAGUUCUUUACUAAACUAGAAGAGAAGAUUCAGGAAAAAGAAGCAGAAAAAAGCAGCUUGCAGGAGAAAUCAAAGGAAAACCAGGAGGCAGAGAUCAAGCAACUGAGGAAGAGCAUGACAUUUAAAGCAGCUCCGAUGCCAAGCUUCUACAAAGAACCUCCUCCAAAAGUUGAACUUAAAAAGAUACCGACCACAAGGGCAAUCUCUCCGAAACUCGGGAGGAAGAAGAGCUCAGUCGCUACAACAAAUAACUCUUUUGAAGGUGGCGGAUCUUGUUCCACGCCAUGUCUAAACCAAGAAAGGAAAGCAUUCAAGGAAUCACAGGUGAAACUGAAUAAGGACGAUGUUGCUACGAAGAAGCCACUUAAAAAGACCAAAUCUAGGCUGACCGUGAGAGCGAAGAGCAUUGCCAAAGAAACCGAAGGUGAGAGGCGCAAUGCCAGCACUGAAGAAACCGCAGAAUGCCAAGACCAAAACAUGAAUCUUGUUGAUCGUGGGUCUAUGGGUGACACAUUGGUUCAGUCGAAUCAAGCACAGAAGGAUGAAGCCACCUUGGUUUCUGCUUCUGAGAUAAUGCCUCAAGAAGUCGCUGUCGGAGGUGGAGGCUGACGGCAUGGACAUUAGAACUGUGUAUGAUAGGCCUUGGAAAAUUUAUAAUUCUUUGUGGUGUUAAUAGUUUUGUUUCCAAGUCAUAUGUCAAAUUUAUAUAUGUAACUACAGUUUAUAUUCGUGUUCUUUUUCGGUUGUCAUUUGAGUUGGUUCAAGAAAAACCGUAGGCCGCUCCAACUAAGAACUCCAUUGCUGUCAAAUUCCAGAGUCCAUUCGCACA